CAAAUACUGACCCGGAAUCAGUUCAAGCAGCCGUCAUCGGUCAUCCUAUCCCUUCCUACAGGGUUAAAAUCACUAACGCUGAUCUCUUAUCAGGGCUAGCGUUGACUCCAGCUCAGACCGAACAAGGCUUGGCUAGCAGCGGUAGUCACACCCCUCUCUUGUAUCAAAUGGGUAUUUCGGGUUUUUGACGGACGUUUGCAGCGACUACUACGGAUUCAAGGCUGCCCUAGCAACCCGCUGGAUGAGCCAACCAUAGCGGCGCAAGGCUUGACCCUCUGCGGCUACUGGAGACGUGCCUGCUUGGAGAGAGGAAACGACAGACAUCCGAGAGAGCUGCGGAACAGCGUGGCUGGCGUUCCAAAAGCAGGACUAUAAAAAAAUGACACUUCUGGUACUUUAAAGGCACGGUAGCGUGAAUGAAGGAUUUAUGGAAAGAAGAUUUGAGCACAGGAACAGGUUCGGCGUGAGCGGCAAGCUUUGAUGUUACAGUGGAUUACACUGUAGAUCUCAAAUCUCGAGUUGGAGGAGAAACGGAAGAAGUGAUCGAACAGUCGUGUACACGGUGUUCCAUGAUGGAACAUAAUCAUUCUUCACCGUGAGGAUGAACCACAGAACCAGCCCCGCCAAGGCUUACGAUUUUCUGCUCAAGUUUCUCCUGGUCGGGGACAGCGAUGUGGGAAAGGGGGAGAUACUUGCGAGCCUCGAGAACGGAGCCAGCGAGUCUCCAUAUGGCUACAACAUGGGAAUCGACUACAAGACGACUACGAUACUCCUAGAUGGAAGAAGAGUCAAACUGCAGCUCUGGGACACAUCUGGCCAGGGGCGCUUCUGCACCAUCUUCCGCUCCUACUCCAGAGGAGCACAGGGUGUGAUCUUGGUCUAUGACAUCACCAACCGAUGGUCCUUUGAUGGUAUUGACAGAUGGAUAAAGGAGAUAGAUGAGCAUGCACCAGGAGUUCCCAAGAUCCUGGUGGGUAACCGGUUACACCUGGCCUACAAGCGUCAGGUGACCACGGAGCAGGCCCAGCUGUACGCUGAGAGGUUAGGGGUCACCUUCUUCGAGGUCAGCCCGCUGUGCAACUUCAACAUCACAGAGUCCUUCACAGAGCUGGCCAGGAUUGUCCUGAUGAGGCACGGUAUGGAGAGACUCUGGAGACCCAACAAAGUGUUGAGUCUCCAGGACCUGUGCUGUCGUUCCAUCGUGUCUUGCACCCCUGUCCACCUGGUUGACAAGCUUCCUCUCCCCCUGGCCCUCAAGUCCCACCUCAAGUCUUUCUCCAUGGCCAACGGCCUCAAUGCCCGCAUGAUGCACGGAAGCUCCUACUCCGUCACCGCCACCAACACCACCCACAUCGCCACCAAGAGGACCGGAGGCCAGCUGCUGAAAAAUAAAACAUGUAUCCGUCCUCAGCAGCUCAGCCCGGCGGCCGCACAGAGCUGCACCGGCAACAGCUGCAAGAUCUCCUAGCAACCGGCCCGAAUAGGAAGUCUUUGGGACAGAAUGUUGACAUCACAGGAACAGGAAAUUGGUGUUGCUCACUACUGCAGCUCAUCUAGGCUCACCAAGAGCCAGCCACAUGAGCUUCAAGGGUGUGUUCAAUGAGGGGUGACCCCUCACAGCCCCCCAUAACCCCACAGACCAGGAAGUUGUCACAGGGACUGGAUGUUAUAGGUUUCCAGACCCACAAGAGUCCCACCUGAGCUCCAUGGUGGAACGAAGAUGUGGACGGAACCUGCCAUGCUCAGAGGCUGUGGAUUGACACUACGGUUCGCUAGCAUUGGACCCAAAAGGAAAUUUUGACAACCCAUCGUGUCUGAGCCAUAUGACUGUAUAGUGCUUAAUAUGUUUCCAUGAAUACAGUAUGUCAACAUAUGAACUGUUCAACUAUAUAGUACUAUGUGUACACUUUGUGGAUGAUCUGUGGUUAUUUUUUCUCUGUUGCCUCACCCAAUGACACAAAGCAUUCAAAUGAGUUUCACAUCUGUGGUCUAAUUUCACAAUGAAAGAAACGUUAGUGGACUGGUAUUAUAAAUGGUAUACUAUAUCGUUGCCUUUUAAACAAAAUGCUGGACAUAGCCUUUUAAAGAUCUGGCUACUGGUUUUACACACCGUUACUUUUUACAGUAAAAUACUAUUUUUGCCGACGUCUGGAAUUUCAAGUCGGCAAUUCUUUGGAGAAACCAUUUGUACAAUGAAUUUGUAUGAUAUGUACAGUUAUGACAAUGUUGUUUGAUACUGUUUGUUUGAUGUUGGGUUUGUAGGUGUUUCACAGUGACACAGAUGAUGCUAUUAAGCAAUAAGGCCCGAGGGGGUGUGGUAUAUGGCCAAUAUACCACGGCUAAGGGCUGUUCUUACGCACGAUGCGA